CUCCGUGCUGAGCCGGCGCCGGCUGGUCUGAGCAUGCUCUCCUGGCUGGCGUCGGCCGCCACUGCGCCGCUGCUCCGUCGCCGCCCGGCGGCGGCGGCCGCCGCGCGCGCCGCCAGUCGAGACGCCAUCGAUCGCUCGCGCUUCCCGGAGCUGCAGGAGCGCGAGCUGGAGGAGCGUUUCGUGCGCGGCAGCGGCCCGGGCGGCCAGAGCGUCAACAAGACGGCUAACUGCGUGUCCCUGAAACACGUCCCCACAGGUCUGGUGGUCAAGUGCCACGAGUCACGCUCACUCGAGGUGAACCGUGCUGGCGCACGUCGGCUGCUGGCAGAGCGGCUGGACGGCCUGCUAAACGGCGAGCAGGCCGUGGCGGCGCAGCAGGAGCGCAGCCGCGCCCAGCAGCAGCAGCGACGCGACGACCAGCGCCGCCGCCGGCAGCUGAGGAAACAACUGUGGCGCGAGCAGCAGGAGCCACCCGUCACGUAAACGACCAGCAGCAACGUAGGCUAGUUUGUUCGACUGUAGUGUUCAAGGGGCGGCAGCGCUGUGUUGGAAGCUGUGCUGUUUUCACGUCGAUCGUUUAUUUGCCGCGCAAUACAUGCGAACGAAAUA